GUCCUCCCUCGACUCGCCUCGCCAGCUCCGCCUGCGGUGCGUGCUCCCGCCUCCGACCCGACGCUCCUGGCAUCACCGUUGUUCGGUGGUCUCUGCCCACCAAGCACCGAACCUUCAGUGUUGAAGGAGCCGCAGUGAAAGGUCAAUCGAUCACCCCUGGCUUUUUCCGGAACUUUCUACCGUUCAGAAUGCCUGUCUGGGGAGGUGGAAACAAGUGUGGGGCCUGCGGGAGGACCGUGUACCACGCGGAAGAGGUGCAGUGUGAUGGCCGGAGCUUCCACCGCUGCUGCUUUCUGUGCAUGGUUUGCAGGAAGAAUUUAGAUAGCACAACAGUGGCAAUUCAUGAUGAAGAGAUCUACUGCAAAUCCUGCUAUGGAAAGAAGUAUGGGCCGAAAGGCUAUGGUUAUGGCCAGGGCGCUGGCACGCUCAACAUGGACCGUGGUGAGAGGCUGGGCAUCAAGCCAGAGAGUGUUCAACCUCACAGGCCUACAACAAACCCAAACACUUCUAAAUUUGCUCAGAAAUACGGAGGUGCUGAGAAGUGUUCCAGAUGUGGGGAUUCUGUAUAUGCUGCUGAGAAGAUUAUUGGAGCUGGAAAGCCCUGGCACAAAAACUGUUUUCGAUGUGCCAAGUGUGGGAAGAGUCUUGAAUCAACAACUCUGACUGAAAAAGAAGGCGAAAUCUAUUGUAAAGGAUGCUAUGCAAAGAACUUUGGGCCAAAGGGAUUUGGUUAUGGCCAAGGAGCAGGAGCUCUUGUUCACGCUCAGUAAAGGUGUAAACCCAGAAAUAAGCAUCACACACUGAGAAUCUCUUCAUAAUCUAGGCACAGAUAAUCUUGUAACACUAAACUACUGUGAAAUUCUACCAGCACUGAGUACUGUAUAUUACCCUGUACUUGGUUAGGCUGGCUAACUAACUUGUAGGAAAACAGCACUGUAUCCUUUGCUUUAUUCACCAGCAUUUUUAAGAACCAUUUCUUUUACAUUUUAAAUAAAACUUCAGCUUGA